AUGGAGCCAGGGCUCGAGCCUGAUGAGGAUGUAGACAAGGUCACCUGCCCAUCAUUGGACCGCCUCCUUCCUUUGGUGGACACAGGCCACCGUGAGCCUUGCCUCAGCCAACUCCGACCCUUCGACCCUUGUCUCCCUGCAGUGUACCACUGGGUGGAGAUGCGGACCAAGAUGCGCAUCAUGGGCUUCCAUGCUGAGGCCAUCAAGCCGCUGAAUGAGGACGCAGCGGCAGAGCUGGGUGCAAACCUGCUAGGCGAAACCAUCAUCUUCGCCACUGCGGGCAGCUGUCUACUGCUGGAGUUCUGGCGCCAGAAGUCAUCUAAACACCGCAAGGAAGUGGCGCGUGCGGCCACGGUGCAGUCGCUGCGGGAGGAUGUGGACAACCUGGAGGACGUGCUGGAUGAGUUGCAGGUGCAGGUGCAGGCAGCAUUGCCCAGGAACGCACUGGAUGAACUGCGGGCAGAGCUGCGGGCGGAGCUGCGGGAGGAGCUGCGGGCAGAGCUGCGAGCAGAGCUGCAAGAGGAGCUGCAGGCGAAGUUUCAAGUGGAGCUGCAGGCGUUCAGAACCCAGAUCAGUGAAGAUCGCUUUGAGCCAGAGCUCCAGCCUGAGCCCCAGUGCCCUGAGGCCAAGUAG